AUGGCCCUCACCAAGUCAAUGCUCAUCGGUGUUGUUGCGGUAGCUAGCCUUGCAACAGCAUUUCCAAUCCAGACCCAGCAGGAGGUUGUUACUUCCUCUCAGCUGAAGGUCAUGAGUUUCAACGUCCGGACGUCACUCGCCAACGACAAGUGCCCCAGCGGAUGCUGGGAACAGCGCAAGUGGCGGGCCAAGGAGCUCGUGGAGAAAUAUCAACCCGACCUCAUCGGCACACAGGAAGGUGCUCCUGACCAAAUCGAGUUCUUCACGUCGAACAUGUCCUUCGCGAGUCUCGGCGAGUGUGCGGGAGAGUGCAAGUGGAACGAGCGCAACAGUAUUUUCUACAAGCCUGAGCGCUGGGAGGUACUGGGGAACACGACAUUUGCACUGAGUGAUACUCCUGGAGUCCUCGGAUCAAACACUUGGGACCUAGAGUAUCUUCGAGCGGCAGUGAUUGCUCGCCUUCGAGACCUCUCUUCCAACCGAAUUGUGUGCAUCCUAAACACGCACUACGACAUCACUCGCGGACAGAACCAGUCAUCUGUCCUGGUGGCGGAACGCAUGAGCGAGUACUGCCAGGACGGCGAUGCUGUGUUCAUGACGGGUGACCUGAACGCAAUCCCGACAACGGCCGCUGUGAAAUACCUGGCGAACGAGAUGCCGCUGAACGGAUCGUACACUCCGAUUCCGAUGUACGAUUCCCUAACGGUUGCGGGUGCUGGUAAUGCUACGUGGAUCGGUAACGGGUUCGGAAAUCACACGUGGGAGCCGUACAAGUUCGAUUACAUCUUCACUCGUGAUGACCCGGAGACGUGCCUGCAGAAUGCAUCGGUGCUAGUUGACCUGUUCGACGGGUACUCUAGCUCUGACCACGCGGUUCCAAUCUCCGAGUUCUGCCUAGGAUCGCAGUGCUCGAAAUGCAUUAGACGUGAAGACCACACACAGGGUGUACAAGUGCAGCUGGGUUUGUCGUUGUCCGCGUAA